CAAAUCAUCACCUGUCUGGUAUCCGUCUGGAAUGAAGUAGCCUUCUUCGGGAAGAGAUUUCUGAACCUCAAGGAAAAACCAAAUAAUCCACUGUCACAGCUGCAUGAGGACAUUGAUCUUGCUUUCACUGCCUGCGGAACCGAGAAGUGGAAGCAACUGGCUGCACAAUUCUCUAACCAACCGGAUCACAGGGGUAGGAUUCACAACGAUUUGGUUAUCACAAUUGAUGAUGAGGCCGAAAUUGUCGCAGUAGGUGACAAUCCUGUGAGCCGCGAUUUACGCAAACUUUGGGCCCUUCUGGAAGCCUACGGCAGUGAGCGGAGUGCCUUCCAGCAGCGGAGAGCUCGAGCCGAGGAUGAGCGACAACAUCAGUCUGCCCUGAUUGGCAGUCUGCGGGAGAGUCUGCAGCUGUGUCAACAACGUCUGAAGGCGGCACAGCUGCUGGCGACGAAGAAGGAAAAUGAAAAUACGGCUCUCCUUGAGGCCAGUCAACGUUUGCAGGCUGAACUGGACUCUCAAAGAACCCGUCUGCGGGUACUGCUACAAGAGAGACGUCUCUCAACUGCUCAACUGCAGAGUCUCCGCAAUGCUGUGGAUCGCCUCCAGGUCACAUCACAGACAGUUGAGGAGGAAAAACGAGCUCACCAGGCGGUUUUCAGUGCCGAAAAGGAAGCGUACGAAGGUCUACUCAUGAAUGUGUGUUUUUUAGUUUCGGAUUGUGCUUUGGAGAUAUUCGCGCAUUCCGGUGCAAGUGAGGCCAUCGAGUGUAGAGCACAGCCUUCUCGCAGCUCUUCUGCUCUUUCCAGCAUUGGUGAGAUCGCUUUAAACACCUCGCUUUUUACGGUUUCGAUUGCGGAACAAAUUCCGGUCGUGUAUCUGAGCAUGCGACUAAGUGUGCUGCAAACCUUCUCCAUCUGCCAGAGGGUGUCAUGUCAGAUCUCAUCUCGCUGCGGCCGGAUUCGCCAAGGAAAAGGCUGUCAGCUAUCUCUCCCUGUCUCACCGAUCGGUCUACCGCACAAGCAAUUGUCGCUGCGCUAA